AUGUUCGAUGGCGAUAUCUGUUUUCUCUCGUUCGGUUUGCGUUUUUGUUUCCGUGCAGCUUUUUUCAUCCAUUUCUUGAUUACCUCUUCAGUUUCCCAAAGGAUUUCCACUCUUUUUUAUUCUUUCUUCCGCUUUUCUUCUUCUAACUUCGGUUUCCUCUUCUUUCUUUCUUUCUUUCUUUCUUUCUUUCUUUUCUUUCUUUCGUUCUUUUUUUUCUUUCUUCUUCUAACCUCGGUUUCCACUCUUCUUUCUUUCUUUCUUUCUUUCUUUCUUUCUUUCUUUCUUUCUUUCUUUCUUUCUUUCUUUAAUCCUCUUCGUUCUUCUUCCAACCUUGCUUUUCUUUCUUUCUUUCUUUCUUUCUUUCUUUCUUUCUUUCUUUCUUUCUUUUUUUCUUUAAUCCUCUUCGUUCUUCUUCCAACCUUGCUUUUCUUUUCUUUCUUUUUCUUUCUUUCUUUCUUUCUUUCUUUCUUUCUUCUUUUCUUUCUUUCUUUCUUUUCUUUAACCCUCUUCGUUCUUCUUCCAACCUUGCUUUUCUUUCUUUCUUUCUUUCUUUCUUUCUUUCUUUCUUUCUUUCUUUCUUUCUUUCUUUCUUUCUUUAAUCCUCUUCGUUCUUCUUCCAACCUUGCUUUUCUUUCUUUCUUUCUUUCUUUCUUUCUUUCUUUCUUUCUUUCUUUCUUUCUUUCUUUCUUUCUUUUACAAAUCUGGCCUGCAAGGUGCCUAUCUCUGAACGAUGGCCAUUCAUUUCCUUUUUUAAUCUCCUUUAACCAAUUGACUUUUAGUCGACCUGAUCUUUUUCAUGAGAUGUCCUUCAUUUAUUUUCGAAGUCAUUAA